CUCCACGAUGCCAGGAAAUCAAAUUCUAUUUAAUCGAUACACUGGGUCCAUCCACCCAUGCUGCAUAGCUGCGCCACCCUUGUAAUUGUCAUGCUCACAUAUUCCAUAUUUGUCAUGUCACCGGGCCAAGGUUAUCUCCCAACGGACGCAAUCAUUAAUUGUUCAAGAAUGCUGAAUGAAUUUGUACCACAGUCGGAAAGGAAUAACUCAUUGGGUGCUAUGAGGUGUCUGCCUCCUCAUGGCAAGUGCUACAUGAUUGCGCAUCGCAAAUAUGAUCAUGACGGUGCCGUGGAAUAUUGCGAGUCUAACGGGGCCCUGAUUGUCAGACCGGAGUCGGACGAGGAGAGCGAAAUGCUGGCAGCACUGGCGAAUGAUACUUUUCAUUUAGGAGCAACCCGUAUAACGGAACAGGACUUUUACGAUUUUGACCAAGAUAUGCCUGUCUAUGCAAAUUGGAUUUGUUUUCGAGACCUCUACACUGGAUUGUGCUUAGCAGCCUCGACAAAAAAAGGAUUAUGGCGCCCAUUUGAGUGCCAAAAUGAAGCAGUCACCAUUUGUCAGUUCUGAGACCGGGUGUCGAUCAGAAGUGUUGUUUCAAAUACAAACUGGCCUUUUGCCAAAUUAUACCCACGGUUGCUCAGCUUUAAUCAAGCUUUCAAACCAACUGAUUUAUGGGAGCAUGAUGUUGAACGCUCGUGUACAAUUGCGCUCCCCUGUUUGCUCCGGGCCAAGGGUAUAGUUUCCGUCGUGACGAUCCGGCCCAUCGCUCUGUUCGUAACAUUUCCGUGGCAUUUACAAUGUCUGUACAACCAGCUUUAUCUUAAAAUGUUGCAAGGCUGUCG